CUAUGUCCCUUGGAGUAUGUUGGCGCGUUUAUUGAAAGACUCAUGUUGUCAUGUACUAUAUUGUACCCGAGUGAAUGUAUAGGUGGAGAGGUAUAUUUCCAAAUAAUCCUUAUCGUCAAUAGUUUAGAGAACUUGACAACAGGAGCACACCUCUUGUUGUACAGGUACUAGCAUGGCCAACGAGAUCCCCGAAUUUCCAUUUCCUUACCAGCCCUACCCCAUUCAGGAGCAGUUCAUGAAAGCUUUGUAUGGCGCGUUGGAGGACAGCAAAGUUGGCAUCUUUGAGAGUCCCACGGGAACGGGCAAAUCUCUCAGCCUGAUAUGUGGAGCCCUUACUUGGCUAAAGGACUUUGAAGAAAGGAAGAGACAGGAGACAGCUGAUCUCCUGCAGGAGGGAGAAGCGGUACUUUCUGCUCCCACCACCUCCUCCUCUGCCUCUUCUCAAAACUCCUCAGCAGACCCCGACUGGAUCACUGACUUUGUUCAGAAGAAAUCAGAGCGUGAACUCGUUUCCAAGAUAAAGGAGGACGAGAUUAAACGGAAGAAGCGCGAGGAACGGCUAGAAAUGAUAAGACACAACGCUCAGCUAAAAUAUGCAUUCAAAAGAAAGAGCAGUGAGGAGGACGAGACGCUGAAGCUGCUGCAGCUCAGUAAAGGCGGCGAGGAAGAGGAGGCUUUGGGAGACGCGGAGGAAGAGGAGCUCAUUGUGGCCGAGUACGAGAGUGAUGAGGACUCCAAGACCAAGAGCAAAUUCUGUGGCGGUGCUGACGAUGAAGAUGAUGACUUGGUGGAAGAACAUGUGACGAAGAUUUACUACUGCAGUCGGACCCACUCCCAGCUGGCCCAGUUUGUGCACGAGGUGCAGAAGAGCGCGUUCUGCCAGGACGUCCGCGUGGUAACUCUCGGCUCACGGCAGAAUCUUUGCAUUAACGAGGAUGUGCGUCGCCUGGGCAGCAUCCAACGCAUCAACGACCGCUGCAUGGAGAUGCAGAAGAACAGACAUGAGAAGCCGCCGCAGGAGGAAGGGGCCAAGCGCAAGCGGGGUCCGGCCAAGGCCGUGUGCCCGUUCGCGGGCGCCACGGCGCUGCAGACCCUCCGCGACGAGGUGCUGGGCGCCGUCAGCGACAUCGAGCAGCUGGUCACCCUGGGCCGGAAGACCCACGCCUGUCCGUACUACGCCACGCGCCUCGCCGUCCCCUCGUCCCAGCUCGUGGUGCUGCCCUAUCAGAUGGUCCUUCACGCUGCCACCAGGAGAGCCUCUGGGAUCCAGCUCAAGGGACAGAUCCUAAUCAUAGAUGAAGCCCACAACCUCAGCGACACCCUCUCCUGUAUACACAGUGUAGAGCUCACAGGGGCCCAGUUUUGUCGCGCCUUCUCCCAGCUCAGGCAGUACUCUGAGCGCUAUAAGAGCCGAUUAAAGGCGAAGAACCUGAUGUACAUCAGGCAGAUUCUGUUUGUUCUUGAAGGGCUGGUUCAGGUGCUCGGAGGUAAGGUGGGUCAGAACCCCCAGAGCCAGACCACCCAGCCAGGAACGCAACUGCUGACCAUUAACGACUUCCUGUUCAAGGCCCAGAUAGACAACAUCAACCUGUUCAAGUUGCAGAGGUACUUCGAGAAGAGCAUGAUCUGCAGAAAACUCUGUGGCUUCGUGGAGAAGUACGCCGGCUCCGGGGUGACGCCCCACCCCCAGAUGCCCCGCCCCCAGACGCCCCGCCCCCAGACGCCCCACCCCCAGACGCCCGGCGGCCUGAACAAGGAGAACCGCCGCACCGAGGGUCUCAGCCGCUACCUCCAGGCGCUGCAGAAGGGCCCCCCGGCCCCAUCGGUACCCACGGGCGACCAGCAGGGUCCAGCAGAGGCAGAGCAUGUGCUGGCCGCCUCUCCCAUGAUGCAGGUGGAGGGCUUCCUCAUGGCUCUCACCAACAGCAACAAGGAUGGAAGGGUGGUGGUCCACAGACAAGGAACGCUGUCAGAGAGCUCGGUCAAGUUCCUGCUUCUGAAUCCAGCGGUCCACUUCGCCCAGGUGCUAACAGAGUGUCGCGCUGUCAUCAUAGCUGGAGGAACCAUGCAGCCCGUGUCUGACUUCAAGCAGGAGCUGCUGUUCUCUGCGGGGGUGGCGCAGGAGCGCAUCACAGAGUUCUCCUGCGGCCACGUCAUCCCCCCCGGGAACAUCCUGCCUCUGGUGAUGAGCAGCGGGCCAUCGGGACAGGAGCUGGAGUUCACCUUCCAGAACAGAGACACCCCCCGCAUGAUGGACGAGACAGGCCGGGUGCUCUUCAACCUGUGCACCGUGGUUCCAGGUGGCGUGGUCUGCUUCUUCCCCUCCUAUGAGUACUCCCGGAGGACGCUCGCCCACUGGGACUCCAGCGGAGCCCUGGCACGUCUGGCUGCCAAGAAAAAGAUUUUCCAGGAGCCCAAGAAGGCAAACCAGGUGGAGCAAGUUCUGGGGGAAUUCUCCCGCUGCAUUCAGCGCUGCGCCGCGGACGGCGGGGCACUCACGGGAGCGCUGCUGUUCUCCGUCGUCGGAGGGAAGAUGAGCGAGGGCAUCAACUUCUCUGAUGACCUGGGCAGGUGUGUGGUGAUGGUGGGUAUGCCGUAUCCCAACAUCAAGUCUCCAGAGCUUCAGGAGAAGAUGGCUUACCUGGACAAGCAUCUGCCCCACGCGGCGGGCCGGAGCCCGGGCCAGGCCCUGAUAGAGAACCUCUGCAUGAGGGCCGUCAACCAGUCCAUCGGACGAGCGAUCCGUCACCGUGGCGACUACUCGUCCAUCGUGCUCUGCGACAGGAGAUACUCUCGGCCCGCCACCGUCGCCAAACUCCCCGAGUGGAUCCGGAGCCGGACGCAGGUGCACGCCUCCUUCGGGACGGCGUUCGCUGCCCUGCGGAAGUUCUUCGUGGAAAAGAAGAAACAGCAGGCUGUGUAGUUUUGGACUCAAGUCAGCCCUCAGACGGCGAUAUAUCGUUCUGUAGGUGUAUUGUUAUUGUAUGCUUUUGUUGUUCUAUCUUUUUAUAAUCUUCUAAUUUAAUUAAGUUCAUGUUUUCGUGCCCAUGAGUUGAUGUUAACGGCUACUAGUGUAUUUAAUGGGGCAGGUAUGUUAUUUUAUGCAAAACUGUAUAAAGAUGAAUAUGAAAUAUAUAUGUCUAAUAUCAAAAAUCACUUCAUUACAAAAAAUAUUUAAAAUCACUUUAUUCAAUGGAAAAUGUGUUUUACUGCAUAUCAAUAAAUCUCUUUUAUGGAAAUAUA